AUGUCAUGCCCUAUUUACAAAGAAAGUCUACUCCCAACUACCCGAGAUGUCCAAAACACAUCAGUGAACAUUGUAAACAUUCCUGUCUGUAUUACCUGCGUCUCCUCCGGUAAACACAAAGGUCACGAAUUAACAGAAUUUCUGGAAAACCUCAGCUAUAGAACACAACAUUUACAAAAAGAUCUCGAAGAAUUAGAGACCAGAAUUUACCCACGAUAUGAAGUAUUGGCGUCCGAUAUCCAAACUGAGAAAGCCGAGUUGGAAACGACUUACGGGAAAUUGACAACAGCUGCCGGAAAAGAAGGUGAAAUCUUAUACCUGGAGAUUACCGCCAUUGUCAACCGACGGAAAUCAGACAUUCAGGAAAUGAAAAACAAACACUUAUCUACCCUGAACAAAAAUACAGAAGAUAUCACACAGAAAAUUAUUGAACUCAAGCAGAUCAUUUCCGACUUGAAAUCAAUACUAAAAUCAAAUGACAUCUCCUUAACUUCUACUUACAAAUCCAGGAAUUCCAAAUUUAGAACAAUACUGCCUAAAGUCCGAGUUACAUUGCCGAGUUUUACUCCUCAGAAACUAAACAAAGACCAGCUCCGGGAAAUGUUUAGUUCUCUGUCCCCAAUAUCCAUUAACACAGAACAUGGCCGCACAAUAAAGUCAGCAGAAGCUGUAUCGUCUCCUCCUGUCAAAUCAGUGAAGUCAACAGAAGGUGCAUCGUCUCUUCCAGUCAAACCACUACUUGAUGAGCAGCGGCUCACCGACACCAUAGAUACUGAGUAUAGGCAACUAUACAGUGUUAGUUGUCUCAGUGACGAACUGGUCUGGACAUGCGGGGAUAACGAAACCAUGAAUAUCCUCAACCUCCGGGGUAAACUACUGACAUCAAUAAAAACCAAGUCAGGGAACACACCACGGGACAUAGCGGUGACACGGGACGGAAAUCUUGUUUAUACUGACUCUAAAACUAAAACUAUAAACCUAGUCAAGAAUAAACAGAUACAGACCGUGAUCACACUACAGGGGUGGUAUCCUCGCUAUGUCUGCAGUGCCGCCUCUAAUGCUGACCGUGAAGCUAGAGCAGUAGUGGUGGUUAAUCAGUUAGGAAAACUCCGAUUUAGAUACACUGGUCAUCUCUCUAAUACCAAGCAAUCAUUUGACCCAGUCGGCAUCACAACAGACAGCCAGAGUCACAUCCUGAUAGCAGACUUUAACAAUGACCGUAUCGACAUCUUAGAUCAGGACGGACAGUUCCUCGGUUACAUUCAAAAUGUAGAACUUCCUCACGGUGUGUGUGUGGACAUCAGCGACAACCUUUUUGUGGCUGAGAUUGUCAACGCUGUAGUGAAGAAAAUCCAAUAUCUAUCAACACAGUGUAAAUCAUACAUCUCUAAACAGGUUUAA